AUGACAGGACACAACAAAAACGCAACUCCCGCUGCCACCGCACAGGUUGUUACACCGCCGAUGUUCGUCACUCCCCCUCCGGUUUUUAAUCCGAAGAUAGCCGCGCCGUGGUCCGCGCAACUGGAGGCGCGAUUCGAAACGUAUGACAUCGCUGACGAGAAACAAAAAUUUAAUCAUGCAGUUUCUCUUUUAGAUGCAGAUGCCGCAGUAGAAGUCGAUGCGCUGAUCGUCAUACCUCCAGCGGUCAAUCCGUACACGCAGCUCAAAGAAACGCUGAUAAAAUGUUUUUCAGCCUCUAAAUCCUCGAAGCUGCGAAAACUCCUAGAUGGCGAAGCCAUCGGAGACCGCACACCGACGCAGUUCCUCCGUUACCUCAAAGUACUCGCUCCAAGGAUCGACGAGACGGUAAUAAAAGCCAAAUGGAUAGCUAACCUGCCAAAGAAGACCCAGGAACUGCUCUCUGUAUCUCCAGACAACGCUACACUGGACCAACUGGCAAAAACUGCCGGCAAAAUCCACGAACUCUACCCAGAGAAGCACACGGUAGCUGCUGCUUCAGCAUCGCCGGAAACUUCGCCACUCGAGAAGGUAAUCGCAGAAUUGGCUCAGCAGGUCGCAUCUCUAGCCAACGAUCUACGCCAGGAGCGUGGAAGAAGCAAAUACCGUGGAUGUAACCCAGCGUCCAAGAGUCCGAGCCGCAGUCUAUCAAAACCUCGUCUGAAGAAGUCAGGACUCUGUCGUUACCACGAAAAGUACGGACCGCAAGCUUUUCGUUGCAUUCCUGGCUGCAAGUUUCAGGAAAAUGCCAGCGGGAGUCAGUAG